AUGCAUUGCAGCUUCAAUGGCACUCUGCUGAUCAAUGUCCUCCCUCCUCUGCUGAUGACAGAGUUUGUCCUGGGAGUCCUUGGUAAUGGUUUGGCUUUGUGGAUCUUCUGCUUCCACCUGAGGCCCUGGAAAAGCAGCACAGUGUUGCUCUUUAACCUGGCAAUGGCUGACUUUCUGCUCAAUAUUGUUUUACCUCUCCGUGCCAGCUACUACUUCGCUGGGAUCAAAUGGAAGUUUGGAAACGCCCUCUGUAACAUCUGCCUCUUCAUGCUGGCCCUGAAUCGCAGCGGAAGCACCUUCUUCCUGAUGGCCAUCGCUGUGGACAGGUACAUGCGUGUGGUGCAUCCCCACCAUCCCAUCAACUCUCUGAGCGUCUCUAAAGCCAUAAUCGGAGCACUCGGGCUGUGGUUGGUCACGACUUCAAUGACUGCUCAUGUCUUCACUUUGUCACACGUCAACACAACGUACUGUGAGAGCUUCAUGAUUGACACCAAGACCAAGAGUAAUCUUUCUUGGCAUAAGUUUGCAUUUCUCUUUUCCUUCUACAUGCCUCUGCUGGUCAUCCUCUACUGCACAUUCUGCAUCGUUCGCCACCUGAAAGGGAGGCAGCUGGCCCAGCAUGCCAAGAUCAAGAAGGCCUUGUACUUCAUCAUAGUCGUGGUAGUGCUCUUCAUCAUUUGCUUCCUCCCAAGUAACUUCACACAGCUGGCGAUCUGGAUCAAGUCCCAUAAAUUAGCCGGUUCCUCUAACAUGUGUUCUGAAAUGGAAAACCUUACCAUUGUAUUUUACGUCACCAUUAGCCUGACCUACCUCAACAGCGUGUUGGAUCCUGUGGUCUACUACUUCUCCAGCCCCGUCUUUAAGAACAUCUGCAGGAAGGCUCUUCAUCUGCCUGAAACAGAAAAUGCUGAGAGUACAGAGAAGAAAACCCGGGAAACGGGCUCCCAGUCGAUCAGCCAGCUGUGAUCACUAAACUGAGGAGGUAUAACAAGCAGUUUCAUAGCUAAAGGUUCAAUUUAAAGUAAGUUGAUCGAUUCCAUCAUUAAGCUGUAAGUGCUAAAGCUAUUUCAUAUUUACUAUUUACUGCACUUUAAAAAAAAAUAUUAACUGCAUUUUCAAAACAUGGCAAUUAUGGAGUAAAAACCUCUAAAAGUCAAAAAACGAUGCAGCUGUGUCUUCUAUAGAGCCGUUUCUAGCUAAAGCAGUCUCACUCACACUUUGAAAUAAUAAGCUCCACACUGGCACAGAAAUCCUCCGAACUGAGUAAUUAUACUUCUCAUCAGUGAAAAGCUUUUUUCUUUUUUUUUUUACCAGCACAUCACUUGCUUAGAAGCUAUCACACCAAUGCUGACUGCACUUUUCUAAAUGUAUUUGUCUUCCAAAACAUGUACAUGUUAAGAUGUGUGAAUUAAACAAAGAUUGUGACGUUGAUGU